AUGACAGUUGCACUCAUGUGGAUGGUAUGGUUUGCAGUGGGCUAUCCUUAUCGAUUUCCAGAACUACAAAUCCUAGCAUACGCGGGGAAGCGGCGUAACCUCUUCGCUGAUGCAAAGUUGAGGAGUAUCCAGCUUGCGACGUUUUACAACAAGACUGGGGAUUUCGUGUAUCUGCUAAAGUGGCUUGACCGGCAAACCUCAGCGUACUUGGCUUAUUUUCUGCUAGUGCUCCGUCCUAUUGAAAUUGAACUGCUUGGCGAGGAGUAUGACGCUUUUGAACCGCCGAAAGAUGAGGAUGACAGCUUUGAGAAUAAGUGGACGCUCGUCGAAGGCAGCAGAGAGAUGACGAGAACAGAGCUCUCGGCACAUGUCCUUGAUCAGUAUGUCUUCCUGGACUCAGCUCAGGGCAGGCGAGAGAAAAGACUUCUAUUUCAAGGGUCUGCGCAGCCGUUAUAAGAAACGCGUUCUCUAGACUGCAGUGUGGACAAGUUCACGUUUGAGGCUGUGCAGCGAUCAACGUCACAUGCUAUGCAGGAGGAGAUGGCAAAGCGAUGGAUACGUUGGUUGGGACUGGAAGGGGAGGCCGGGGAGAAAAAAGAGUCGGAACAGCCGGAGACAGAUCCUAGCUCGCAUGAUGAGCGCAGCUCACAGGAUUUGUUCAUGGCCGGGAGGGAGCUUUACGGUCAGGGCUUUGAGUUUCGCAAUUUUGAUCAGCUGAUGGCAUGCAUGGAUGUAUAUCUCGGGGGACCCAAAGUUGUUGCAAUCCAGGCACCAACUGGGUUUGGAAAGACGCUCUUGUUUCAGCUCACUCUCAUCUCCUAUGCAAGACGCAAUCUUCAUAUGGUGUCGUUUGUUUUUGUCCCGUACACCGCGCUUCUUACAGGUACUCUUCAGAGACUGGGAGGGAGUGUGCGGGUGCAAACGUUGAAGCACCUGUUUGAAGAAAAUCCCUUCGGCAAUCACAACUUCCAGGAUGUCUAUGUUGGAACAUUCAACGACGCAGCAGAUGAACGGUUCAUAGAGAUGGUCAAGCAAUGGCACCUUCGCUUCCCAAAAGCACAUCUUGGUCUUCUCGUGGUUGAUGAGUUUCACAAUCUGUAUGAUGAGCGGAGUUACCGGGGGAGGUCAUUCGAGGCGAUGCGGAACAUCAAGUUUGGAAGUUUUGAACGAGUGUUGCUGAUCACCGCAACCGGCGCACAGAACACAGCACAAGAAGCAAUACGUGGGCUGGGGUUCAAGGGGGGUGUGCAAUUGGAACAUAACUGGAACUCAUUUGAGAAUGCGCGGCUGAAGCACGUUCCAAUACUCUUCCGCAACUACGUGAGGGAACCAGCUGUUGCUCACGUGUACAAGCAUGCUACUCGACUUAAGGGCGAUGGCAUAUCCCAGGCAAUGGAACUACUUCAGCGACUGUUUGAUCACGAGCCGGAUGCAAAGGCAGUGCUAGUACUUGGACGCAAAAGUCAAGUGGAGCAAGCGUUCAAAGAUCUGGAGCAGCAGUUUCAUGGAGCAUAUGUUCAGGGGAGUCGUAGUGGGGACCUACUUUUAGAACAACACUGGUGCUUUGUGCUUCGGGUCUUGUGUGGUGGCUCAUCAUUUGAAGUGGGCGUCACAUGUUACUUAUAA